AUGCGUCUCAUUGAUACCAGCACGCUAGAGCUCAUUUGGUUCCCUAAAGCUCCUCCUCCAUAUGCUAUCCUCUCCCACACUUGGGGCCUCGAUGAGGUGACGUUUGCAGAUUUCACCAAUGUGCCCAAGAGAGAGUCAAAAGCAGGCUUCAGUAAAAUUAAACAGACCUGCAAACAAGCACUCAAGGACGGCCUCAGUUACGCGUGGGUAGAUACAUGCUGUAUCAACAAGGAAAGCAGCUCCGAGCUGAGCGAGGCGAUCAAUUCCAUGUUUAGAUGGUAUCGCGAUGCGGCUAUAUGUUACGCAUAUCUUGAAGACGUCCCUGAGGAGACAAACUCAUCGAUAACAAACUCCUCGUUGAUUAACCACUGCAGAUGGUUCACUCGGGGCUGGACAUUGCAGGAAUUGCUUGCGCCCUGGGACAUUGUGUUUUUCGCGGCCAACUGGGCCACGAUCGGUAGAAAGACGGGGCUCGGUGCAACUAUCGAACAAAUAACUGGGAUUCCUCGCGCAAUUCUCACUGGAGACUCACGGUUAGACCAGGUUAGUGUUGCGAGCCGUAUGAACUGGGCUGCAAAGAGACAGACGACCCGUGAAGAAGACAUCGCAUACUGUCUGAUGGGAGUAUUCGAUGUCAAUAUGCCGAUGAUGUAUGGGGAGGGAAAGAAGGCGUUUAUUCGACUCCAGGAGGAAAUUCUGAGGCAAACCGAGGACGAUUCCUUGUUUGCCUGG